AUGUACAUAUAUCGCGGCCGAUUCCAGUGGAGGCCGUCCGAUGACACUGAGCUGUUUGUCGUCAUCCUGCCGUUUAGCGAGCCGGACUUGGACGACCCCAUCCACAUUUACUGGCAACGGCCCUCCGCCACCGCCGGCCAAGACGACGGACAUGUCUUAUACCAGACCUUUGUCACCGGUACCAUUCGCAGCGCAGAGACGGCCCAGGUGGUCUUUUCGUGCGGCGCGAGCAAUUCGAUGACUCUCGAAUUCGAGCUCGUCGAGGGCGUCACGAAGCUCAAGGGGCGCAUCCGUAGUCCCGGGGGAACUGUCUCGGAAGAGAUGGCUCUAUUGGGCUCCUACUUUGAGAAGACCUGGGUGCCCGGAAGCACCGACAGUCCCAUUCCAGUCGUGUAUACGGGUGUCAAACCCCACGGCACUCCCCAGCACAAGGAUCUGAUGCUGCUCGUCCUGCCCCAGGGAUUCGGCGAUGACCUGCCCGUGCUCGCCUACUGGCAGCAGAUUUCCAAGGUCAACGACAAGAAGCUCAGCUACAGCGCGCGAAAGAAGCAGCUCCCGUCUCGCCUAGCGCCUGAUGCUGAAGACGGUGACAACUAUGCGGACGAACUGUGCGCGUUCUUCAUGGAGGAAGAUGGCUCCUGGGAAAUGGACUGCUCUGCCUCGGCUACCAAUAACUACGAUACUCUGCAACUCAAAGUUAAAACGCAAGAUGACGGCCAGGAGAAUACAUUCUCCCUGACCAAGCAACCCUUGCUCGGCCCAGAGCGGCGUCGCCGACGUAGAGCUAUCAAAAACUCGCACACCAACGUGCAAAACAACACAAACCACGUCGUCGUCUGCACACUGUGUAGCAGCGCUAGCGCACUUGACAGCGAGGGCAUCGCGUGGGCCGGACUGGCGCUCACGGCGCUCUUGCUCCUCCCGCUCACGCCCACGACUGCGACGGCGGUGGGCCUCAAGAAGAUGUACGACGUAGCCGUCACCUCCACGUCGGCGGCCCUCGCUGUGAUUGGUGUCAUGGACGUGAGACUCAAGGGCGGCGCGUCCAAGGUGACGACGCUGUGUCCCGGUGACUGGGCCUCCAACAUUUCGGAUGGCGGGUUCUUCCAUUCGGUCAACAGUCUUGCCGUAGUGUCAGCAACGAUUGAGCCUAGUAAUAUGCUCACCGUGUGGACGGGCACGGCGUCGGAGCUUGGAGCUAGGGAUGUAAUGCUGGCUGACCCCAGCGUCGUGACGUGGUCCAAGGCCUUUCAGAUCAAUAUGCCUCAUGGCCAUCAUGUGGUUAUUGAGCGAAAUCUUCGCAUCCCGGGUCUGAAGCCGUAUUCCGCGGGUGAGCCGCUCGACUCCAAGACCGGAUUGACGGUGGACCAGUUUGCCUUGGGAAUUGAGAAUAAAAAAACACCCGCCGCCUCGAGCAUCAAGUGGUACCCCACUAAGCUUCCCAAACUCACCGAGCAUAAGCGACUGUUCUCUUACCACCCCGACUGGACCUUUGUCAUCACCCAAGACUUGACCAAGGGCAACCCAAGCCACGGCAAGGCAGGAAGCUUUGAGGUCGUCUCCUGUCUCAACGGCCAGGCGCUCGUCAAGAUGCACUCGUCCGGCGUGGAGAACGACAUGGCCUCACACGGUCGCGGCCAGCUGCUCAGCGCCAACGUGUCCACCCAAGACGAGGUGUCGACGCUGAUCCGUGCCAACCCGGGCUUCUUUGCAUAUACUUGGCACUGGCGAGGCAAGAUGUACGAGAACAAACGAAGACUUGUGGCUUGGCAGUGGAACCAGAACAACCAUAUUGAGUUUAAGCAGCCGACAGAUACCCCAGGCAGCCAGCAUCGCAAGUAUACAUACUUUUUGGUGGGCAAGGAGCACAUCACCACGCGACAGAUGAUGAUGGAAGGGGCUUAG